AUGGGCCGACACCAGCCACCACCCAGUCACGCUUCGCACAGUGAUUGGUUUUCAAAGGAGGACAGGGUUUGUGAAUGGAGCCAGCUUGUUGCUUGCUGCCUUCAAAUGGAUGCUGCUGGGUCGCGUGGCCAGCCAGGCCCUCUUGUGAAUGGGGCAUCACCAGUGGGUGGUGAACAAGCCGGAGAUGACUCCCUCUUCCCCUCCCCCAUCAUUGCUGAAGCUGAGAUGGAGGGAAAGUUAACCAUAAACCGUCCUCUUUCAUCGUCAAAGAAUAUCCAGGAUUGGAGUAAAAAUGGAAGCAAAGGCAAACUCACCCUUUGCAAGGCAUCGGAGUGGGCAGUCAACCCGGACCAACGCCAACAUCAAGGUCGGGUGAGGCCCUGCACAGACUUGGUCCUUGGGCAAUCCCUCGGCGCUGCAGGAAGGGCAGGCUGGGGCUCCGGCCCUGCGGCCCCCGCUCUCCCGCCUCCGCUCCCCGGGGAGAACCCGGGGCGCUGCCAGAGGCCCGGGACACCCGGGCCGCGCCCUCACGAGGGGCCCCAGUGCGAGAGGCCCCGCCCGGCCCGGCCCGCCGCCCUCGGAGGAAAAGCCGUUUGCUCAACCCGGAGGAAUGCGGGGCCGGCGCUCCGGCGGGGGAGGCUCGUAGACUGCACAGCCACGGGCGGCCACAAACUUCGCCCCUCUGGACACGGCGGCUGCAGGCGGGAAAAGCGGGGCGGCCUCAGGCCCCAGGCCCGGCCCCCAGCCCGGGGGUGGUCCAGCCAGGGCUCCCGCCUUCGAGGCCGUUUAAAAGCGGCGGCAGACGCAGGCCGGAGGGCCGAGGCAAGAACCUCCCACGGAAAGCUCCAAAGAGGCGGGGGUUUCUGCCUCACUGUUGUGUUGGUGAUUCAUCUGUGGCGCCUGAAGAGUGCCUUGAACAUAAUGCAGUGUUCUCAAAUUUGACCAGCAAACUCCUUGAGGCCAAGUCUUGUCUUUCUGUCAUGGUAUCCAUCUGACACAAAUAUGUCAAAGAUGCUACUCACAAAGUAAAGACUUCAGAGGCGCUUAUUGAUUGGACGAGAUGUUAAAUGGAGCAGAUAGGAAUUCCAUGCUGCGUGGUCAAGGGGAGACAGAGGCAGCUGGGCAUGUAGGGAUCAGAGGUGUGACUCAUCUGCUGGCCCCAAGUAUCUUCCCUCCAACCCACAGUAGAAAAUCUCUUUAUCAGUAGAAAAUAAAGAACAUCCAACAGAGUUAUGGAUCAUGGGUUGCUAUCACAACCACCUAUGGCAUAUCAGGCACUUCAAAUACUCUACUCAAAUCUCUCCAGUUUCCAGAAUUCAGCAACACCAAGGUUCCCAGCCUGUCCUGCCACGGGAGAGGUGACAUCCAUGCCAGCCCUGGGAAAAUAUCUCUCUCCAACUGCUCCAUCACUCCUGUCCUGCAGGAGCCUCCAAGGCAAACUUUGCUGCCAUUUCUGUCACUUUUCCAAAUGGACACUGGACUUCCAUUGCUGUAAUCAGGACAGAGCCCACUGUUGCCCUGAGAUGUCUUCUGGAGUCCCCCUAAGUGUCUUCAUGUGGCUGGCCCAUCCCAUCAUUUGGAUCUUCUCAUUUUCAGAGGAGACUUUCUUGACCAGCCUCUAUCAAAAGUAGCUGCCCCCCUGCCAAAUUACUUUCCAUGAUCUUAUCCUGCUUAUUUUGUUACUUACAUGUUCAUUGUCUCUCUACGCCACCCAGACUGAAAGUUUCCCUAAGGACAGGGACCUCGUCUUUCUGUCCAUUACUGUAUCCCACCCCGUUUCACAGUGCCUGGCACAUGGCAAGUGUCUGCUUGAUGAGUGGUGGCCUCCUUCACCCUGAGAUAGUUCCCUUCUCUCUAACAAUUUUAGUCAGUUCUUUUCUAUUAGGUAGUUCCUCUGCCUUCAAAAAAAUGCAUCAGCUCCUUUAUUUUGCAAACUCUUUUUUUUUUUUUUUUUUGAAACGGAGUUUCACUCUUGUUACCCAGGCUGGAGUGCAAUGGCGCAAUCUCAGCUCACCGCAACCUCUGCCUCCUGGGUUCAGGCAAUUCUCCUGCCUCAGCCUCCUGAGUAGCUGGGAUUACAGGCAAGCACCACCAUGCCCAGCUAAUUUUUUGUAUUUUUAGUAGAGAUGGGGUUUCACCAUGUUGACCAGGACGGUCUCGAUCUCUUGAUUUUGUGAUCCACCUGCCUCAGCCUCCCAAAGUGCUGGGCUCACAGGCCUGAGCCACCAUACCCGGCCGAGCAUCUUAAACAAUGGGCAAGCAUAUUAUUUUUCAGAGGCAGAGAGCAUUAAUUCCACCUUUAAUAAAGUCACUUUCCCUGUGAUUUUUUCUGAAAGCCCUGGCCUAGAGGGUUUCCCCUUAUGUGUCCUUGGCCAGGGCUGUGUCACAUGCCUACACCUAAACCAAUCACUGACACAGAGGCAGGAAGCACCCUGGUUGGCUGAGACUCAUCAACAUUCAUCCCCUGUGGCUGAGGAGGGGGUCUCCUACCUCGAGCACAGGCAGGUAAAUUUCAGAACAAAAUCAAGCCUUUAACAGCAUAGAAAAAAGGUAGAGAGUAGCUGUUGAAUCUAUGAACUGCCCAAUAACCUUCCAAUAAAUUGUUUUUCUGCUUAAGUUAGCCAGAGUUGAUUUCUGCGGCCUGUAAUCACAGAAGCCUGGCUGAGCUACACUCCGGGGCUGUGUGAUGAGAUGACAGGAGCAGCCUUCUCGGCCAGGAGGAGUGCGAUCAGCACACAUCUGUGAGGCAGCAUAGAAUGGCCACGUGGAAGCACCGGAAAAAUAGUCCCAGGACCUCAGGAAAUGACUGUGGAGUGAGAUGUUAGAGCUUAGAGUCAGCUGUGUAUUUCAGGUGACCCAUUGUGACUGUACCCCCAGGCUAUGUAACCUGGGGCAAGUGCAUUACAUGAAUGUUCAGUAAAUAUUAAAGUGAACUGAAGCCUACCCCCCACCUCUCCCCCCGCCCCUCCCCUGUGACUCAUAUCUGUAAUCCCAGCACUUUGGGAGGCCAAGGUAGGCAGAUUGCUUGAGCUCAGGAGUUCAAGACCAGCCUGGGCAACAAGGGGAAAAACCUUGUCUCUAUCAAAUAUACAAAAACUUAGCCGGCCUUGGUGGUGUGUACCUGUGGUCCCAGCUACUCAGGAGGCUGAGGUGGGAGGAUUCCUGGAGCCCAGGAAGUCAAGUCUGCAGUGAGCCAUGAUCAUGACAUUGUACUCAAGCCUGGGUGACACAGUGAGACCCAGUUUCAAAAUAUAAAUAAAUAAAAUAAA